CCAUGCGCCGACCUGCCGCUUCCCCCCUCCCUCCUUCCCCCCAAGCCAGCCAGGCGAGAGCCAGCCAGCCAGCCAGCCAAACGACGGGGGCCGAUACCACACGUCCUUGUCCCUUGUUUUUGCUCUACUUGUUCUUCUUCUUCUUCUUCUUUUUCUCGUCCAUCCAUAUUCCUAUGUUAUGUAUUGUAUAUCUAAAAUUGGCUGUAAUCGAUCCCACGUAUCAGUGUGUGCACCAUCACAUCUCCUAUUCUCUCUCUCUCUCUCUCUGUCUCUCCACCAAGCACACAUAUUCCCAUGUCUGGCACGACAUCAACCAAUCAACCAUCGCUGGGAAGUGGUGGUGGUGGUGGUGGUGGUGCAUCAGAAGCAAAACGUGCCAUUGCCUUUUCCACUACAUAGUUGCUAACCAACUAGCCUGCCUAAGCAACUAA